GUUCAACAUACAAAUUAGAAAAACGCUUCAGGGGAAAAACAAUUGCUUGGAUUGUGUGUAGCAUUCAAGUGUAACAGCGACAUCUUGUGGAGAAUUUUCCGGAAGUGUCACGCAGUCACGCACUACCUCUACGUCACCAGGAAGUAUUCGGGGAAACCGCAGCAUCAUGGCGGAAAGCGCAAACACACAUCCUUGUGCGGAUGACGAAGACAUGCCCGAGCUAUCAAGCGGCGACUCUGGUGAUGACCAAGAGCAGUGGCAGUGGACUGAGGAGGACAGUCAACAGGUUUCGUGUUUGUUUUGUGACAGAUUGCUAAAUUCGGUGACUGCCACCCUGCAACACUUCACAUUUGAGCACCAAGUCAACCUUAUUGAUGUGAUCAGGAAAUACAAUUUAGACGACUACAGUUACAUUAAGCUCAUCAAUUUCAUACGCUCUUCGAAAUGUGAUCCAUCACAUCUCAUGGGGCUACCAGAUGGUCCAUUCCAAUGGGAAAGUGAAGACUUUCUCCGUCCGGUUAUACAGGAUGAUCCCUUAUUGCAAAUUGACCUUGAAGACUUGUGUGGUAGCCAAGGGAAGUUUGCAUCUACAUUCAAGCAGUCUGUGGCGGACGCCCACCAUCAUGCAUUGCUGCAGAGGGCAACCAAGGCUGAAGAGGCAGUGGCUCGAUCCUUUGAAGAUCUACAAAAACUUAAGCUGCUGGUCCAGGAUUUGGUGCUGAAUGCCGAACCUGGAAGGUCCACUAAUGUGUCCGGUGUUGCCGAGCUUCGCGCAGAUGAGGAUGAAGCCUACUUCAGCUCCUAUGGUCAUUAUGGCAUUCAUGAGGAGAUGCUCAAGGAUAAAGUGCGCACCGAGACCUACAGGGACUUCAUGUACAGAAACCCUGAGGUGUUCAGAGACAAGAUUGUUUUAGAUGUGGGCUGUGGGACUUGCAUACUAUCGAUGUUUGCUGCCAGGGCUGGAGCCAAAAAGGUCAUAGCUGUUGACCAAUCAGAUAUUAUAUACCAGGCCAUGGACAUUGUCAGGUCCAACAAGCUGGAGGACAAGAUCACUUUGCUCAAAGGUCGCAUAGAAGACAUCAAGCUCCCAGUGGAGAAGGUUGAUAUCAUCAUCUCAGAAUGGAUGGGUUACUUUUUGCUGUUUGAAUCCAUGUUGGACUCCAUCUUAGUGGCCAGAGACCUCUUUCUGCAUGAUGGUGGUUCAGUCUAUCCAGACCUUUGUAACCUAAGUUUGGCAGCAGUGGGAGAUAAACAGAGGUACCAAGAACGUAUUGCAUUCUGGGAUGACGUGUAUGGCUUCAACAUGUCAUGCAUGAAGAAGGUUGUGGUGCCAGAGGCUGUGGUGGAAGUGUUAAAUGCAGACACGCUCAUAUCAGAACCUACAGUCAUACAGACAAUUGACUGCAACAAAGUAUGUCUAUCAGAGCUGGAAUUUUCAUCCAACUUUUGUUUGAAGAUUACCAACACCACAGACUGCACGGCAAUCGUCGGCUACUUUGACGUUUUCUUUGACAAAGGCUGCUGCAACAAGGUGACGUUCUCCACAGGUCCUCAGGUCGCAAAGACACACUGGAAACAGACCAUCUUCCAACUGGAAAAACCUUUUCCUGUCCAGGCCGGGGAGGAGCUUCAAGGAAAGAUCACCGUGUGCAAAAACAAGAAGGACCCUCGCUCAUUGUUUGUCACUUUUGACCUUCGAGACAAAAAGCUGACAUACUGUGUACAGUAAAGGCAUGUAACUGACAUUAAAACCAAAAAAGUAUAGUUUGUUAGUAUUAAAACUGAACUUGUAUUUUAUAGUGUUUAAAAUGCAAACUGAGUUUCAACAAAAUUGAGAAACUGAACAAAUUGUGAAUAAAACAAUGCAAUGAUGUGGAAGCACCAAAUUUCAAUAUUCAGAAGAGAACAUAGGUCAAAUGUUUAAACCGAGAUGUGUCAUUUUAAGUGAAGAAUAUGUUGAUUGUAAAUUCCACGGUGUCCACAAAUCUAAAAAAUAUUGGGACGAGGCCAUUUUUAAAAAUGUGAGGCAGCCGGUCUUCUUGCAAUUGCAAACAGCUGGGGACUGAGCUGACAAGUUAAGAAAUAGAAAUGCGGUUGCAUUCUUGUCAAAUACAGGACUCUUAACUGUUCCACUGUCUUGAGCCUUCUUUGUUACACUUUCCUCUUUUGAUGCAUCAAAUGUUCUCUAUAGGUGAAAGAUUUAGACUGCAGGCUGACCACCUCAAUAAAAGGAUAAUUUUUCUUCCGACCUAUGAUGCUGUAAUUAAUGUCGCGUUUGGUCUGGCAUUAUCGUGUUGAAAAUGCCAGAUCUUCUCCAAAAGAGAAGACGUUUGGAUGGGAGCAUAUGUUGUUCUCGAAUCUCAGAAGACGUUUCUGCAUUCAUGGUGCCCAUCCAGAUGUGAAAAGCUUCCCAUGCCUCUCGCACAUAUGCACCCCCAUACGUCAGAGAUGCAGGCUUCUGAACUGAGCUCUGAUAACAUUUUAAAUGACCCCUGGCUUAGACAAAACGCCUGUGCUUCUGAGUCCUGUUUAGACAUGGCUUCUUCUUUUCACCGUUUCAGCUGGCAAAAUCCAAUGACACAGUAGAUUGUGUUUACCAGCAAUGGUUUCUGGAAGUAUUGCUGUGCCUAAUCUGUGAUGUCCUUUACAGCAGUGGUCCCCAACCUUUUUUGUACCAAGAACCAGUGUGACGUGAGCCUUUUUUAUCCCGUACCGAAAAUGUGUGGAAUAAAUUACAGUAGUUGUAAAAUAACACGACGGGGCUAAAAAUGAACAUUAAGUGCAUGGAAAAUGUAAUUCACCACACACUGAAUCAACUUUUUAAACUGGGGCCUCUCCUAAGACUUGUCGGCAAAUAUCAUUGGUCGCAGGCAUAAUGAUUUUGGCAAUACAGGUCGCCACAAAGUAUGAUGCUCUCAUUGCACUUUUGUUGCCUCGUUUGCUAGCUUCUAGCCAUAUAUAAUGCAGAAUGGCCUUGGAGGCUCCUCUUCUGACUCAGCAGGUGGUCUGUUCCCUUUAAAAAAAACUGUCCAAAGUCGUCUCUUUUUCACGGGCAUAUUGAUGUGUCAAGAGGCAUAGGCCACAUUGCGGUCAAUAACAAACUAUUAUUUCUCUACGGACUGGUACCACUCUCAGGCCCGGGGGUUGGGGAUCCGUGCUUCCCUGCUUUACGGUAGCAUUCUGGUUUGUGGUGCAGUGCUAUUUAAAGGCUCAAAGAUCAUGAGCAUCCCAUACGGUUUUUUGCCCUUGAGCCUUACGCACAGAUUGUUCCAGAUACCCUGAAGCUUUAGAUGAUGUUGUGAACGGUAGAUAAACUCUUGGCAAUUUUUCGCUGGGAAACACCUAAUUCUGAUCCACUAUCUUUCUGCACAGUAAUAUCUGAUUUUCUUGUGAAUUAAUUUAUUGGGACAAGGGGCAAAUAUAAUGUGAUUAGUCUUCUUUCUGCUCCCUUUCAAUCUAUACUUUUACCAUUGUGUUUAUCUUGAGUGUAUUUGCUUUUAAAGAAUGAAAUAAAGAACAAACAAACAUUGGGGCAAUUGGUGAUCCUCUACGUGGCUUUGCUUCUGAGAGACACUGCCACUCUGAUAAGCUCUUCUUCAAUCUUGUUGCCAAUGGACCUAAUGGUAGUAAUUAGUCUUUCAGCUGGGGUUACAUAGGGAAUUGAAGAGCCACCUGUCCCAACUUUGAAUUUUCUUGACACCAUGAAAUAAAUAAAGUCAACAUAGUUUUCCCAUUAAAACGAUACAUUUUCUCAGUUUAUACUUUUUAUAAGUCAUGGAUGUUCUAUUUUGAAUUGAAUGUUGAAAUUUGCCACUUCUACAUCCUUGAAUUCAGUUUUAUUCACAAUUUGUAUACUGUCCCAACAUUUUUAGUAUCCGGUUUGGGUUUUAUUUCUUGUA